AUGGACGCUCAGUUCAGUGUCACCAUGAAUCAAAUGAAGGACAGACCACUGAACAAAGGGUCGUACCGCAUGCAGCACGGGAGUUGUGGCGUGUCCCUGAAGGUGUUGGCACAUCUGUGCUGGUCCCUGAAGGUGUUGGCUCGUCUGUGCUCGUCCCUGAAGGUGUUGGCUCGUCUGUGCUCGUCCCUGAAGGUGUUGGCACGUCUGUGCUGGUCCCUGAAGGUGUUGGCUCGUCUGUGCUCGUCCCUGAAGGUGUUGGCUCGGCUGUGCUGUUCCCUGAAGGUGUUGGCUCAGCUGUGCUGGUCCCUGAAGGUGUUGGCACGGCUGUGCUGGUCCCUGAAGGUGCUGGCUCGUCUGUGCUGGUCCCUGAAGGUGUUUGCUCAGCUGUGCUGGUCCCUAAAGGUGUUGGCUCAGCUGUGCUGGUCCCUGAAGGUGUUGGCUCAGCUGUGCUGGUCCCUGAAGGUGUUGGCUCGGCUGUGCUGGUCCCUGUAG